GGUGCCUCGGCCUCUCUGGCUGUAAAUUCCCGAGGCGCGACGCCGGUUGCCAUGGCGGCGGGCGUGGGGUCCUCGAUCAGAGCUGGGGUAACUCUGUUCCGCCUGACGGGCAGUAGACAGGCGGUGAAAAGUGAGAUAGGCAGAUCCGUGACUCCUUCGCUUGCAGCCAUCGUUUCCCUGGUAACCCCAGGAUGGAGAACACACCACUGGGCUCGGGGUUGAUGGAUUACCAUGUGCUGAAUCUGAUCGGGGAGGGGUCCUUUGGCAGAGUCUAUAAAGGCCGCAGGAAGUUCAGUGGACAGGUCGUGGCGCUGAAAUUCAUCCCGAAGGUUGGCCGCUCGGAGAAGGAGCUGAGGUGCCUGCAGCGGGAGAUUGACAUCAUGCGGGGUCUCCGGCACCCCAACGUGAUCCAGCUGCUUGACAGCUUCCACACGGACCAGGAGGUAGUGGUGGUGACAGAGUAUGCAGAGGGUGAACUCUUCCAGGUGUUGGAGGACGAUGGCAGCCUCUCCGAGGAGCAGGUCCGGGAGAUCGCGGGGCAGUUGGUGUCUGCUCUGUAUUAUCUGCACUCCCACCGCGUUCUGCACCGGGACCUGAAGCCUCAGAACGUUCUGAUCGGCAAGGGAGGGAUCCUCAAACUCUGCGACUUUGGUUUUGCACGGGCCAUGAGCCAGCAGACUCUCGUGCUGACUUCCAUCAAAGGGACCCCGCUGUACAUGAGCCCAGAGCUGGUGGAGGAGAGACCCUAUGACCACACGGCUGACCUCUGGUCCUUGGGCUGCAUCCUCUAUGAGCUCUUUGUCGGCACGCCUCCCUUCUACACCAGCAGCAUCUUCCAGCUGGUCAGCAUUAUCGUCAGAGACCCUGUCAAGUGGCCCAAGGGCAUCAGCUCCCAAUUCAAGGAGUUUCUUCAGGGACUUCUGACCAAGGAUCCAAACCAGAGGCUCUCAUGGCCUGGUCUCCUCCACCACCCAUUCGUGGCUGACAGAGUACUCGUAGUGGAGGAGGGGAGACAGGAUGAGGCCAGCUACAAGCCCCUGACCCUCGUGCUAAGCCCUGAGGAACAGGCACGGAAGGAACAGCAGAGUCGUGAACGGGCGCCCACCUCUGGUCACUCCCGCAUCCUGAGGAAGGCCCGGCAGAGAAUGCUGCAGGAGGGACGCAACAAGGAUUCAGGUAAUCAAUUGGUCAUCCAGGAGUCAAACCCGAGGGCAGAUUCCAAGGCCCAGGAGUGUAGGCUGCCUGCAGGAGAAAAGGCUGCUAAUGACUGGAUCCCAGCACACAGCACUCAUCCCUGUUAUAGGACCACCAGCCACCAGGGAAGCACGCAGGCCCAGCAGACAGGGCAGAGUCUUCAACAGAUCAGCCAGGAUUAUGAGCUGGAGUUCCCCAAGGUCCAGAUCUCAACGAGGAUGGUGAAGAAGAAAAGUCACAGCACAGAAAAUGAGGCGGUGGACAGUGAUGAUGAAUGGCAACAGCUGAUCGAGGCCACUGACCCAUCUGCUCUGCAGCUCAGCACCCCGCUGGCUCUCCUGCAGGACCCCAACUUCCACGAACGACUGCGGACUCGGCUGGAGAAUUCCAGCGCACAGGUACUGGAGGGGAUGCUGGAGGGAGCCUCCCGACUUCGCCCGGUGCUGCGCGUCACCACCCACCUGCUGGCCACACGAUGUGACGGGGAGCUGCUGCACACCUUCUGUCAGAGCCUGUGCCUACCUCAGCUCCUGCUACAACUCAUCAGGGCUGUGCUUCAGAAUGACCAACUCCGAAAGCAGCCCUGGAGAGCACCUGUUCUCUGCGACCUCCUGUCUGCCCUAUCUGCCUACUUUGCUGGUGACUUUGGCAUGGAUUCUGGUAGCGGGAUACAGGCAUUGGACCAGUCUGCCUCCCAGUUCCUGUCACUCCUCCCUUGGCUGGUGUCACAGGGGUCCGUCCAGGAACCGCGGCUGAAGGAACAAGCUCUCACGUGUCUCAUCGUCCUGUGUGAGGCAGUGGAUCGAACCUCUCAGGCUUCCUCUCGCUUGGUUUAUGAGUCACUGCUGUCUGAGCACCAGGUUGUAUUGGACAGUUUGCUGCAGGGCAGCCGGGAAAUGCAGCCACCACCCACAAAGCAGCAAGGUUUGGAAGGGUUUUCGGAGUCCCAGGAUCACCUUCAGAUUGUGCACACUGCUGCAGUGGCUACUCUCUGCCACGUCCCACCAGGAGGAAAUUGCUGUCAAGAAUCCAAGUGCAAGGUGACUCAGUAUGUGAACAACCACCUCUUUCCCACAGAGAAGCCACAGGAACCGAACAACUUCCUGAAUGGAAUCAAAGACCAGACCCUGGUGCUCUACACACUAAAGGUUAUCUACUCCUGCUGUAAUGUCAGUAAAGACACAUGUCAGCUCGUCAUGGACGAGGCUUUACCAAACUUGAUUGGGCUCUUGGAAAGUCAGGUCUCCCCCGAAGACCCCAUCUGGUCUCAGCUCUGGGAGCUUUCUCUCUUCCUUCUGUCGCUGGUGGUGAUACAGUUGGAUCGUGUCCCCGACAGGCUGGAAGACACAACCGGUGCAGUCAUCUCGAUCUUACUGCGAUCUCCAGUUCAUACUAGCGCUGCAGCCCUCCUGUUGAUCGAAUUGAGGUCUCGAGGCUGUUCGGUGGAGCUUCAGCUCGAAGACCUUCUGCAAGCAGCCCUCGUCACGCUGACUUCCAGCUUCCAGCAUACAGUUACCCCACCAAAAGACCUUGGCAUGUUGGACGGGCUUUUGAUUCUGUUGCUGCAGAUAGCUGCCGAGGGUGCAGCUGCCAUUCUCCAGGGCUCCGAGGUGUGGCCACUCAGCUGGCAGAGGGUGUGCCGCACCCUGCGCAUCUGCCCAGAGGGGCCGCUGAUGGAAGGAGACACCCCGAGACCAGGAAGACCCACCCCUGUCCCCAACUGGAGCUGUCUCUCUCCCACAGGGCUUCGGGCUUUCCUCAGUCUGGCCACACUGGUGUUUGCCUCCGUUCCCUCCCAGUGCAUUCCGCUGCUCUCCAGUCCCUCCAGUGUUGUGUUGGCAACGCUCGGGCAUCUGCUGUCAGAACCAUUCCUCACUCAUCUGAGACAAAGGUUCUGCUCCGAGCCCGGCCAGGACCUUGUGUCAAGCGUGGUGCUGCGAGUGUGCCAGCUCCUAUGCUUUCCCUUCGCCACAGAUGUGGAGGAGCCACUCUUCAGUAAUGUUCUGCUAGCCCUGCUGGAGGGAGACAUUGUCCGGCACCUAGUGCAGUUGUCUCUUUGUGGCCUGCCCUCCUCGGAACCUGAUCUGCCCCUGUCUCUGCUCUGCCACCUCUCCCUGUCGGCAGUGGGCCCCAGCCAAGAGCGGCUGCUCUCCAGCCUGCCCCCUCCUACUCGCCUCUGCUCUCUGCUGAACCAGCUCCUAUCCUCUCCUCCCCCCUCCUCACCACCCCCUGCUGCUCUCUUACUGUCACUCCUCUCCUGGCUUUGCCGCCUCUCUCCCCCUACUCGGACCCUGCUGCGAGACGCACUGGAGGGAGAGGGAGAUGAGGAGAGUUCCACGUCUUGUCCCUCCAGACCCCUGCUCCAAGCCCUGUCCCACCCACACCCUAUGGUCCGAUCCCAGGCGUGUCGGCUGGCCUCUGCCCUGCGACUGGAGGGCGAGACGACAGGAGUUGAGGACACCUCUCCAGGAUUCCCACCCGCACCCAGAGCGUUCCCUGAGGGGGAGUGAGCUGCCGGGCAGGAGUCCAAGAGGUCCUGAUCUCCCUCAAGGCUCCCGAGCUUCUGACCCAGCUGUGGGAUUGGAAUGUGCGUUCUCUCACCACCCCUGGCGUCUCACCCAGUCAUCGACCCAGAGGUCUCUCCAUCACCACUCCCAGAUCUUGGAAUACUCCCCUCCUGACACUAUGCCUCUCUCCUGGGACAGCAGGGCCUGAGGGUUGGAAGCAGGAUGGGGGCUGACAGGGAGCAAGGCAGCUAGAGGCAAAAGGUUGGUUUUGGGAGGGGUGGGGGGUUGGGGUGAGCAGAAGCAAAGUCCUGAGUGUUGAGAGGUCACAAUUCAGUGGUGGAGAUCACAUAAGUGAGGGGUUAAGGCCAGAGGUCAGAUCAGUGAGAGGUCGCAGGUCAGGGAUGGAGCUCAACAACAGAGAGGUCAGGGGCACAGAGGGGAUGGAGGUCAGGGGUGGUGAGAGAUCAUAAGUCAGGCAAAAGUGACAGUAAGGGGUCAGGAACAAAAGUUUGGACAGAGGUCGAAAUGACUGGUUACAGGUCAGGGCCAGCUAGAGAUCAGCUGCACACGCCAUGAGAAGUCAGAGUUCAUUUGGUCUGGGGUUGAAAGCAGACACAGCAGCUAUUUUACCCUGACUGAGGGGCUCCAAGAGCUGCUCCCUCCAUCAGCAUAGGGGGAUGGCAGGUGGGGGGAGAGAAAUGGGUAGAGAGGCCCCCCCCAAUAUGCACACAGCCACCUCACACCAUCCAUCAGCUCUGUAUGUCCUCACAUUAAAUUCUAUCUGAUAAACUGUUGUGUCAAAAAUAUUGCAUAUUUUGCAUAUAAAUGUCAGUCAUGGAUGAACUCGAUUCAGUACCAACCAUUAAGGACCUCAGCAAGGCAAUUGACAGUCUGGCCCCAGGGAAAGCUCCUGGCAGUGAUGGGAUUCCUCCAGACCUGAUCAAACACUGCAAGAGCUCACUCCUCCA